UGGAGCCUCUGUAUCCUGCGGAGUGAACCUCUCUGAAACACCAUCCUGUCUAAACACAGUCAAGAGUGGAAAGGUUAAAAAAAGACAUUUUUUUGGAAACCUACAAGGACUCUAAUUCCAUGUGUGGAGGAUUUAGUCGAUUUAGCGCUCAUUCUCCGAGGUAAGCAACUUUAUUUCUUACAAGUGUAACUACUUCUUGUUGUCAUGUUCAGUCGUAGUUUUGUGAUUAUCAGCAUCAUGUCGUCUGUUUCAAUAGUGGGUUAAAAAGGUUAUCCGAAAUGCGUGAAUUUAGUUAGAAAAACAAAUUGUAAAUGGUACUGUGAGUGAUAGACUACAAAACAGUAGAGUCUAAAGUUGCUCAGAGAAAAACAAAAACAGAAGAAGAGACUUAUUUUUAUAGGAACAUGAGGAGAACUUGGACUCCACUGUUAAUAAACCUAUAGUACAUUUUCAUUUCUUUAAAACUCCAGACAACAGAAAUGUUCACUAAGAUGCAUUUAUUUCUUUAUAUGUUGAUGCUUUUAUUCUCCAGUUGAGAAACAAAAAGAUAAAACUGUUCUUUUACUUAUAGUUGGCUACAAACUAUGAAUAUGUUUUCGAUUUAUAAUAUUAAAAUGAAGCUGUAGUUUUUGAUAUGACAUUUCCUACAGAUUAAACUGACAAUAAGACACAGCGACAAGUGGAGAGCGAGACAGGCACAAGAAAAGCUUAAAGUAAAUAAAUGCUUCAGUUUAGCAAAACAUUUAAUUUUUCAGGUAAAGAAUUUCAGGCUUAAUCUUUGGCAGUGAGCUGAACUUUAAAUACUGUUGAAAUAUGUUUCUGUAAAUUCAGUAAUGCGGCUGAUCUGAGGAAGAGGUGUUUACUUAUAAUUAAACCACUGUUAACUGACCGUCACGUCAUCCAUUGAUUAUUGCCUGUCACUUUCCCUCUGAUUAAUGCAGCUAGAGCAGAAAAAAAAGACAUGGGAAUGGAAAAUGUAACUGAUGAGGCCACACAGGAUACAUAGAGAUAUGUUUAGUUGUUUGCAUUUGCAUAGAAUUUUUUUUUUAUAUAAAUGAUGAAUAAAGUUGAGUGACAUUAUUGGCAAAGACAGAUUUCUUUGUGGUCAGCAUUUUUCAGUGUCGUGUAUUUCUAUCUGCACCAUAAAAGGUGAAACAUCAGGUUAAAAAACCUCUUACACUGGUUUUAAAAUUUUCUAAUCAUUUUCAGAUGUCGCUGUCGGAAGACGUUGCAUUCCGCUCCAACAUACCUGUCCCUCUGGAUAUCACAGUGGCAGUGGUCUAUUCUAUUUUUGGUGAGUUAAUCUCCAGAAAUUCAGAUCAUUUUCUCUACAUUUACUUGAACAGAUGAUAAAGAGUUAACAGAAAUCAUGAUACUGUCAAUAAGGAGGUUGAUAUUCAUGUUUGAUUCUGCUCAGGCUGAGAUGAUUAACAGCAUGAUGUAAGGCAAUCGCAAUAAUUCCAUCUCUGUCCACCGUGUGUGUAAUACUUUCAUGUCAGCCAACAUUUACUAUUCCUGUAUAAUUUCAUUCCUGCAUCAGACAGUCCUUCAUCAGAGAUUCAUAAACGACUGUACAGACCUCGUUAGGGGUUAGCUGUUGCAGCUGUUAAACAAGAAGGGUCUGUGCUCGUAAAGUCUUGAGGUUCACCCUGCAGUAAAAAAAAAAAUACAUAUUACUUUUAGUAAAAUUCCCAGAUUAACUGUAAUCUCCGUUUUGGCCACAUUACAUUCAGAGCUAUACUUCAUAUGUGAUUUUUCAUCGCUCAACUUACAUGUGACUGUGGGGGUGUCCAUGUGUGACACUUAAAGCUACCGUGAGGAGUUUCAAGUUGAUUAUAAAACAGUGAAAUUAAUGCAGAUGUCUUUUUAGGACCAACAUGAGCAAAAAUAGGAAAUCCUUCAACUUUAUUUAAACACUGCCACAGAGAGGCAUUCAGAACAGCCUUCUCCAUAGCGAAGAUUCACAGUUAGGAUAGGAAUAUGAUUUACUGUUUAGAUACAUCAGGAACAGACUGUGGGUCAGAUCAUAAUAUAUAGAGAAGUAAAAACGCAAAGAGACAAGAGGCGUCUCUUCAUGCCGGAAUCAACACAAACCAAAAGUUUUUCUCAGGAGUUUCAUCCUGAACUCGGGGAGUUGGUUUGUAAAAAAAACAGAGCUGUUUACGUCGUCACAGUGCCAGUGUAGGCAUUAAAGUUACAUGUUUAUACUUAUUCUGUAAAUGUAUUAGGGGUCAGACUCUUUAUCUUCCUAUCAGUGUGGUUAAUUUGAAGGUGACUUAAAGGUGUUGUUUGAAAGAGUUUCAAACAUCACCUUACACACUGUAAGGGGGUAUUUUUAUAUAUAUAUUUAAUUUCUUCUCAGGGUAUUAAGACUACAGGUUUUGCAUAAUUUGGGGUGUUGCUGACUUGGCAUAUAGUAAGGCAGAUAGUAGUUAUUUUCCAGGAGGCUUUAGGCUCUCCUUGUCCCACAUUUUUCCUCUUGCUAAGUUGACCAAAGUUAGAUAGAGUCUUUGUUUCCAAUAUGACAACUGCAGUUGUUGGGCUUCAGACACCACUGAGACAACAAGCAUGUUUAUACAGUCAAUGCUGCAAACAUGAGCUUAUAAAGUAUGUUUCUACCUUUAAGAUUGAAUGAGCUGUCUUUGUCCUUUAAAAUGUUCAUUCUGUAUGUCCUUAAAAGUAGUAACACUUGCCUAUUUGAGUAACAGUUAUAGCCUAUAAUUAUCAUAGAGGAAUUGAUUUUCUUUAAGAAACUAAAGUAGAGAUUUACCUAACUAAGACUAAAAAUUCUGAUAAUGAAUUCUCCUUUUCUUGCAGGUAUAUGUUCACUGUUUGGAAACAGCACACUACUAUAUGUCUCCUACAAGAAAAAGCACCUUCUUAAACCGGCAGAGUACUUCAUCAUCAACCUUGCUGUUAGUGACUUGGGCCUGACUCUGUCCCUGUACCCCAUGGCAAUAACUUCAAGCCUCUAUCACAGGUACUACACUCUGCACCUACUGUAGACAAAGAACGACUAAAUGGUCUGGGAAAGGAACUCUUAAAACAUAUGUAUACUUUAGUAAAAGAUAAAAAACAUCAGUAGUCACAGCUUUUAAAUUACACUCCCUUGUAUAUCUCAUUUAACAAGAAGUUAGUUAGUUGGGAAUUGGAUUGACUUUGAGUUCACGGAUACAGAGUCUAAUUCUAAUGCAGUUCUCUUCUGUCCCCUGUCUCACCUCCCUACCUCAUUGAUCUGUCUUUUCUUUCUGUGUGCUGUCCUCUCUGGCUUUCUCACACCCCCUUCCCCUCCUACGCAGGUGGCUCUACGGAAAAACGGUGUGCUCUAUAUACGCUUUCUGUGGCAUGUUGUUUGGCAUCUGCAGUCUGACCACGCUUACCUUACUGAGCGUGGUGUGCUUUGUGAAAGUUUGUUUUCCGCUCUAUGGUAAGUCUUCAAAGAAGCUAUCUCGUUGAAAUGACAAAGGAUUAACCAUCACAUCCCUAAGUGGCUGAUUGUUGAUUUAUCUGUAGCUGGAAACGCAGUGAUAAUCCCUCCACAAAGCACCGAACAUUAGCCUUUCUUUGAUGACUGACAAGUCCGAGGGCUGCGCUCAAUAAGCAUUACUUUUGAUGUUGCAUAAUGCAGUUCAAAAGGGCCUCUAUUCGACCGAAAGGAAUCGUGUUUUCCCAGGCAGUGUCACUGAGAGGUUCUUUAACCAAACUCUUCCUAUGAGCAACUAUAAUGAUCAUUUACGAAUAAUGCCUGACUUCAUUUCCUGACUACAGUGUAUGAACCUAACUUUGAGGGUUUGUACAGGAAAUCACACACACAUCUGCAGUCUCUGAUUUUGGUUUGCAGUCUUAAUCCCAAGAUGCAACACCUCUCUCAAACAACCUAAAGAGCUAAUUACUCAUGAGUAAUAAAUAAAAACACUGCCUUUUAAUUACACAGAUAAUUCAAAUGAGAUGUAAUCUGCUUUCACAGGGAACAGGUUUAACUCUCUUCACGGCUGUUUGCUCAUUGCCUGCGCUUGGAUCUACGCCCUGUUGUUCGCCUGCUCCCCGCUGGUCCACUGGGGGGAAUACGGACCAGAGCCCUAUGGCACUGCCUGCUGCAUUGACUGGCGCCUGUCCAAUCAGCAUACCACAGCGCGCUCCUUCACUUUGGCACUGUUCAUCUUCUGCUACAUCCUUCCAUGCUGUGUAAUUGUGUCAUCCUACACAGGCAUUCUGCUCACAGUGAACGCGUCCCGCAAGAAUAUGGAGCAGCACGCGCCGCGGCAAACUCACAUAAGCAGCAUCCAGGCAAUUAUUACGAAGGUGAGAGGGAAAUUACAAAUUAUUACCGGCAUUAUUUUUGAGAUACCAGUUGGCUCUCAGUCUAUAUUUAAAUGUCCACCUUGGAAAUAAUCAAAGAAAUCACCAUGUUAAGUACAACUCAGAAUAAUAACAGAGAAAGAAGAUUGUGAAGGAGUUACAAGUUGGUGGAGGGGGAGGUUGGGUGUUGGAUGCUGUAGUUCAGGGGUAAAUUAUCAAAGCACCUCCUGAGAGACCACAGUCCUCUGGAGAGCUCCUCUCUCAUCCAUUUGCUGCAGAAACUGGCAGUGACCUCAAUAUAUCCCCCAGUGAUACAGCUCCUCAUUUGCAGGAAUUAGCUCUGGCUGUAUUGUGAUGGAUGAAAAGCUUCUUCUGUUGCCAUGCUGAUAUAUGGUCACCAUCACACACCGUGCUCUACAGGAAUAACUGAUGUGCAAAUUAAAGGCUAAUAAAAACAACAUGUUUCACUGUUUAUACUAUCUGGCUGAUGUUACUGUUGGGCAGUGAACUUUUCAGGCUGUAAAGAGCUAUGAUUUUACACUUAUAAGCCUGAAUCUACCUUUCAACACUCUUACUCUUAGGAAAGCUUAGAUUUCCCCCCGACACAGAACUCAGUUUUUAUUUAGACAACAAAAAAAAAGAAAAAACUUCACAUAGACUAUCCUGAAACUGUGAGUAAUCCCUACAGCAUCAAAAAUGUGUUGGUUUGUUUCUUUAAACAAUAACUUCUCACUGAACUUUUCACUGAAGUGUGCUGAAACUACUCUGCUCAAAUGUUCAUUGGGACUUAACAAUAAUCUGCUUGAAAAUGUAAAUAACUUCAUUAAAUCAACAGGUGCCUCUUUCAAGAUUGUAUAAGCUUGAGUAGAUGCUGAAUUUCUUGUAAACUAUUUCAUGUGUACAUCUGUAAAUUUGAUUAUUUCUAUCUUUAUAAAAGCAGUUUGACUGACUUUGGUUGUUUUAUGGAGUGUCUCCUAGAGGUUUUGUCAGCACUAGAUGUAGUCGACCCUUUUGUGUUAGGAUAAAAAAAAAGAAAAGCAGGGGACUUCCUAGUCCCUUUUGCCUUCAUAUCAGUGACACUUCUUUGUUUUUCUCUUUUUCCUGUCAGCUAAGUGUGGCAGUCUGCAUCGGUUUCUUUGCAGCAUGGAGUCCCUAUGCCGUGGUGUCUAUGUGGGCUGCUUUUGGACACAUAGAGAACAUUCAUCCUGUGGCUUUUGCCAUGCCAGCCAUGUUUGCAAAGUCCUCCACCAUCUACAACCCAAUCAUCUACCUAAUGCUGAGGCCAAACUUCCGCAUGGUCAUGCGCAGGGACCUAGGCACCCUUUGCCACAGCUGUGUGAGAAGCUGCCUCUGCUCUGGCAGGCCGACAAAGUGCCACUCCAAGACGGAGAUCAGGGUCAAACUUCGCACAAUCCACAGACAAACAAACCAGAUUCCUUCUUCAAAAUCAUCCGCUCAACCUCCCAAAGUAGCGUUCAAGGACCGCCGCUGUGAAAAGUGCAAGGAUGCCUUUGAAUGCUUCAGACACUACCCCCAAAUGUGCAGUGUUACCAACCCAGCAGCCAACAGAGACUCAUUUAAGGAUCAAGACGGUCCAGCUCCCCAAACACAACAGCAGAAGACUCAAAGUGUGUGCUCCAGAAAGUCUCUGCUGGCCAGCAUGUGUGCAAAAAGGACUUCAGAAGUGGACAACUUCCAUAUCAAUUUAGAGAUGGUUCCAGGGCAUGCAAAAGUGGCUUGGCCUUGAGGGCUUUCUUUCUUUGUUUACAGAAUAAAUCAGGUUAAGUUCUUUCAGAUUUGAUUGAACCAUAUGCAAAGCAGCUAUGUAACUUAUUUAUUUAUUGGUUUCCUACGUUUUCUUUUCUUUUACUAAUGAGAAAAGCUUUCCAGUCAAUACUCUGACUCUUGAUAGUGUCAUGAGUUAACAUUCAUGUUUUUUAAGGCGUUUUCAAUCGGUCAUAAAACAACACCAGAAACCAUAAAUGCAAAAAUUCUUCACAGAAGCUUUAAGUUGUAACAAUCAUGUAAAUAAACCUUAAAACUUUUAUGAAAUUAUCAUUAAAUAUUUCUGAAUGUAGACCUACUGUAUGUAUGUUUAACUGUUCACUGUAUAAAUAACUGUACUCUGGAAUGACUGUUGACGACGCUCACAGUUUAACACACUUUUAAUAACAGAUCUACACGAAGCAGACACGUUUUUCAGUCUAAAUUUAAACUUUAAGCCAUCCUCCUUUAAGAGCUGUUAACCCUUUCUUUACUAUGCCAGCCUAAGUACUGUUUUUACAUCUCUCUUCUGGUGCUAUGUUAUUUAUCCAGAACUACAUUACUGAAGAAAAACAGCACUGUACUCUCCAACUACCUGUAUUAUAAGAAUAUAAAGUAAUUUAUUGUGUGUACAAAGAGAAUCGACAUGUUUAUUCAUAGAAAGGCUCAGAGAGGAAAAAAAUGAUCAAUGCAGCUGCAGUUAGAUUCAUUCAUUUUGGGCUGACUCUAUCUGUGAUUGUGCUUCUGUGUAAAUCUGUUGUCAAGUAGACCAGACUCAAAUGGGAUGUGCGCAGUCACUCUGGAUUAAACUCAAACUGUUGUUUCAGAAUCAUCUCAUCCCAAAGGUCAUCUGCUGUUUCAUCUCUUGAGCACAUCCCUCUUUUUUACCAGUACAAAUAUUUAUGAUGUGGGUCACACUGAACAAAGAAAACUGCUGUAGAGUAAUUAGAUUAGAUUAGAUUAGAUUUAAUCUAUCAGUCAUAAGGGCGCCAUUUUAUCAUCAUCUGUAAAUCUGAUGAGAAACAUUUGAAAUUAAACAGUUUCUCAUCAUCCGCAGCAUGAAAGGAUUAAUUUCCUCCUGUUUAGUGGAAGGAUUAUCAAACUCACCAGGAAAAAGAAACAGCAUUAGCUGCUUGAUUUGCAAAAAGGAGCACUAAUGAUUUCUACCCAGCUAUAAUCUAUCAAUCCACCCCAUGUAUUCUUGGUUUAAAGGAUUUUUGUCUGAGAACAUUAAAGAGG